AUGCGGUGUUUAUAUGAACCAUUUGCGUUUCAGUGCAACAUGGAUCCGAAAUUGUCUCAGAAGAUCGAGGAGUGGCUCAAAUGGGACAAGAAUGAAACAACAAGAGCUGAGAUUAGUCGCUUACACCAAGAGAAAAAAUGGAGUACACUGGAGAAGCUACUUAUGACUCGGAUGGAAUUCGGAACUGCUGGUGCGUUUGUCGAAUUUUCGGAAUUUUCGCAAUUUAAGGAUUUGAACAAUUCAGGUAUAAUUGUGGGCUACGACAUGCGUCACAAUAGCAAAAAAUGGGCUUUCUAUUUAGCCAACAUCUUCAUAAAUUCUGGCUGCAAAGUUUAUCUAUUUCGGGACAAUUAUCCAACUCCACUGCUUGCUUUUGGCGUUCGUCAUUGCAAGACUGCCCUGGGCGUGAUGAUUACCGCAUCGCACAAUCCGAAGGAGGACAACGGAUACAAGGUCUAUUGGUCAAAUGGUUCGCAAAUUAUUAGUCCGCAUGAUAAAGGUAUUUCACAGUGCAUCAAUGAAUGUCUAACACCGGAACCCGCUUCCUGGAAAAUUGAUUCGGUGGAAGCGAACCCAUUGUGUCACAACCCGAUGCCGAAACUGAUACAAACCUAUUGUGACUUACAAAAGAAGGCUUUGUGUUUCACCUAUGAAGCAAACAAGAAAUGUAGUUACAUAUUCACAUACACCGCAAUGCAUGGUGUAGGCUGGGAAGCAGUGCGUCAACUUUGUGCCACGUUCGGUUUUCCCAGCCCUGUCGUGGUCGAAGAACAAAUCAAACCGGACCCAGAAAUUCCCACCGUGCGCUAUCCAAACCCAGAAGAAGGUCGUUCCGCAUUGAAUUUGGCCAUAGCCAAAGCGGAUGCGUCGAAGUCCCGAUUGAUUCUGGCCAAUGAUCCCGAUGCAGACCGGUUAGCCGUGGCGGAGAAGCAAGCAAGCGGCACGUGGAAGAUUUUCUCGGGCAAUGAAUUGGGCGCGCUUUUCGGUUGGUGGAUUUGGUCGAACUGGCGCAAACGGAACCCGAACGCAGAUCCGUCCACAGUGGGCAUGCUAUCCAGCACGGUAUCUUCCAAGAUUCUGCACACCAUUGCCGAAAAAGAAGGUUUCUACUUUGAAGAGACAUUGACCGGAUUCAAGUGGAUGGGGAACCGAGCUCAGCAAUUGGCGGCGGACGGUAUUCACAUCUUGUUCGCAUUCGAGGAGGCCAUCGGAUUUAUGUGCAGUGAUGUGGUCUUGGACAAGGACGGAGUGAGCGCUUUGGUUGCCAUGAGCGAACUGGCCACGGACACAUACAACCAAGGCAUGUCCCUUCAGGAUCGAUUGGUCAAGAUUUAUCAACAAUACGGGUUUCACGUGACCAACAACAGCUACUACUUUUGUCACGAACCGGCCAAAAUCAAUGCCAUGUUUGAACGCAUUCGCCACUGGCCGCAUAAUCCAAGUCCAGUGGGCUAUCCGCAACAGCUUGGUCGAUUCCGUAUCGUGGGUGUACGUGAUCUGACCACCGGUUACGAUGACGCCUAUCCCGAUUUGAAACCGGUAAGUUCCACUUGA